AAAACAACCAUGCGGCAUCACGGUGUGCCCCACAUUGCGCUCGUGGGGCUAUUGGCUACCCACUGUUGCCAAGCGUUCCUGUCGUCAACACGCUCGACGGUAAAGGCGGUGAACGUACGACGCAGCUCCGGCAAUGUAAAGAUGUCAUGGUGGCGAGGCUUGGGCAACGUCGGUCAGCGGAAGAAUGCUGGCGCCAGCAGUAGCGGAGUGCUUACGCCCAAGAGCCGUGUCAAGCUAGGGGACUUGUCGGUGUCUCCCAUGGGCCUCGGGACUUGGGCGUGGGGAAACAAGGUGGUUUGGGGCUACGAAGAUGGCAUGGACGCGGAGCUCCAGGAAGCGUUCAACCUUUGCGUCACGGAGGGUAUUAAUUGGUUUGAUACGGCAGACAGCUACGGGACCGGCAAGAUUGUAGGCCAAGCAGAGAGGCUCCUGGGCAAGUUUGUCAGGGAGUACCCCGGCAGCGACAAAAUCCGCGAAGACCUUCAAAUAGCCACCAAGUUCGCCCCCUACCCUUACAGGGUUGGAAGCCAAUCCAUCGUCAAGGCGUGUGACGAGACACUCGAGCGUGUGGGGGCUGAUUCAUUGGGCGUGGGGCAGUUGCACUGGGCGCCACCGUUGGGCUGGCAGGAAGAGGCCUACUGGACCGGACUCGCUCAACUCAAGGCGGAUGGCCGCAUUGGCGAGGUAGGCCUGAGCAACUAUGGGCCGAAGGGGGUGGCGCGGGCGCACAGGUUCCUUGCUGGGCUUGACACCCCACUGGCCAGCAAUCAGGUGCAAUUCUCCUUGAUUUCGAGAUAUCCCCUCGACAACGGGCUCCUGGAGUCGGCCAAGUCUCUCGGGGUCACAAGCAUCGCCUACUCUCCAUUGGGGCUGGGGCUGCUCACGGGGAAAUACAACGCGGGCAACAUCCCCUCCGGGCCGCGAGGCAUCAUAUUCCGCCGCGUGCUGCCGACGAUGGGCCCGCUCCUCUCCACCAUGGGCGAGAUCUCGAGCGCCCGCGGCAAGACCAUGUCGCAGGUGGCGCUGAACUGGUGCGUGUGCAAGGGCACCGUCCCAAUCGUAGGGGUGAAGACGCUCCCGCAGGCGCGAGAGAACUUGGGGGCCCUGGGAUGGAGCCUGUCGCCCGAGGAGGUGGAGGGGCUCGAUGCCGCAGCGAAGAGGAUCAAGAAGCAGUCCGUGCAGAAUAUUUUCCAGUCCACAUGAGAAAGAAAUCCCGCGUGCGACCGCUGACAACGUCGAACAGAUACACCGAGAGGUGUGGGGUGACUGUCGCCAGAAUUUAUGGGACAACACGCGUGUGAUGAUGUCGAUGUGCUUUUUGUUUUUGUAUUGUUGUACUCUCUCUGCGUUGUGUGCGACAGAGAUACGUUGCAUGUGUGCUGGCAUUUGUUUUUCAGACUUUGGUGCUCUUGUGUGUUUUCUAUAGUCUUAGUUUUAAGUGGUUUUCUUCCCCUGCUGGGUUGUGAUUGCCUGUGAUCGCUGAGCCCACCUCGACUCUCCGAGUAAGUACCGAUGGACCAUUCGAUUAGCGGCUUCGUGCAAGUUAGAAGACAUUAAUUAGGCAGUGUGCAGCAGGUAACAGGAAGUUCGAACAAGUCCUCAAAAUAUCUCUCAUCAACUUUUUCUUAGAACACUCAUUUAGAAACACCGGAAACAAAAUGUCCACACGUGACGCACCCAUAACCUUUACACACGUCAUCUAGCUAACUUCGGAACUAGACGCUUUUCGUUCUUGCCGAGACUAGAAAUGCCAAUUUACCAAUAGCACGAACACACCUAAUACUUCAUCGGCCUGGAUGGACACGUACGUACGGCCCUUUCUAAACCCACGCAAACUAUUAGUGGUGCUGACCUAUACAUAGAAGAGACAAAUCCAGAGGUAUGAUGCGAUAGUCUAAAGCGUGGUUCCUUGUGUUCUUGAUUACACGAGCAGUUCGACGAUCAACAGGCCAAAUUCCAAGCGUGUCUACUUGUCGCCGUUCAGUCUAGUCUAGGCACGACAUCAUCGUACCCCGACCCACCACACAGCAAUUCAAAAUUGGGUGGGAAGUCUCGCGAGAGGAAAGGACAGGGAAAGGCGUGCGCCGCGCAAAAUGCACCGCUUCGUCCGACGAUUUCCCCACAAACCCCCAGUAUCCGAUGUAAGUACACACGCCAGCAGCAGCUAGAUACACUCGGUCAGUACACGGGGUUCCGAGAGCACGCUAAGGUCGCCAUGCCCCACAAGUAAACCUGCAAGCGGAAACCCCCCAAAGGGGCUGGCGUGUUUGGUUGAGCGGGAAAUCGCUCCGAGAGGAACGUCGAUCCCCGCAGUGUUCUUACGAGCUCCCCGCCGCCGCCCACAUCCCCAGCUUAAUGGAGAUGCGAGGGGU